AUGCAACUGGUGUUGCAAGCAGAUUUCUCAGCUGCAUACUUCUCCGAAACCCGAGAAGCAACGGAAAAGUUCAAGGAGAUGGAGAAGGUUACAAGGAUCAACAGUAGUUUUCAUUUAAUUAACUACAUUGAUGAACGCGGUUCGGGUGUAUGUGAAAUAGCUGAACUGUUCCGCGACAAUUUGGUUCACUCACAGGAUUACGGUCUGAAAUACUUGACAGAAGAUAAGAGGGGAUCAGAGGAAGCUCAUAACCGAGAUCGUCUACGAGUGUUGGAAUCCCAGAUGGAGUCGCUGAACGCACUGCCGAACAAUCGUGAACUACUAGACAAAAUGUUCCCACCUACCGCGACGAAAGCCGCUCCAGACUCGCAAACCAACCAGGACCAACGCAGAGUGUCCGAGUUGUGGCAGACGGUUCAAAUGAAACGUCGUGUAGAUGCGACUGAAGAAGGCUUGUCACGGCUAAGUUCCCUCACCGAUGACUUGUUGAGUCAAAUCAAACGGUUAUCGGAAGAGAACAAGAUACUAUCCGCAGCUUUGGACGAGGCCAAAAAGGGAGCAGAUUUGAACGAAAAAUUCCUCAACCUAGAAAACAAGUUAUUGGAAUUAGAGAAACGCCAGAUGCAAGAUGCCAAUCUGUUCAAAAAUGUAGUCCACAUGGAUGCCUUAUGUGGUCUGGUGUUCUGGCACAGCCUCGGAGCAGCACUCUCGGGGAUCGAUUACAUCACCGCCUACGCAAAUGCGACGGACAAGUUAGCCACCUCAGACAAGAUUGCGGAAAACGGAAAAUCAGACCGGGGAAUAGUUGACAAGUGGCCCGAAAACAAGCUCGCAUGUCCCGAUCCGGAUCUGUCUUCAACCCUUCGCAAACUGGGUACCGUGGCUUCCGGAUUUGAUAAUGUCCUUCAGCGGAUCGAUCGUCUCGAGGCAACACUUCACGAACGAGAUACCUUAGCGAACGAAGUGGAGCGAAAUUCUGUGAAAUCUUCCCGUGUUCUGGAUGACCUAACCGUGGAAAAGAAAGGAAUUUGUUGCUUACGUUCAAUCGAUUGCAGACAACCAAGUGAUACGUACGGCAUUACUAAAUAUGUCAACCCUAGCAAGCUGGUUGGUGAGUUCCCUUCAGAUCCGAAAAGAGUUGAACUGAUUGGUCAAAAGGCUGAUCGAUUGGAACUGGAAAAUCUUGGCGUCCCUCCUGAGCUGUUAGAUAGACUUGCUCAACUCGAGGGUACGGUGAAAGAAUUAGCUAAAGAACGCGAAAAGCGUAUGCGGUCCGUAUCGGACAACGAUGGACAGUCAUUUUUGGCAGAAGACGGUAGUACGAUACCAGUAGCACUACAGGAAGGGGAGGAAAAUGAAGAGGACAGCGAAGAAGCGAAAGAGUCCAGAAUGAUGAAGAAUAAAAAGUUGAUUAAGAGUAUGCAAGAUACUUUGGCCGUGCUUCAGAAACAGAUCAGUCAAAUGCAUCAGCUUAUCACGGCGACACAAGACGAGAUGAAAACUGUUCGAGAACAAUUUGCCGAUUUGCAACAGUUUGCUGAGGAUUUGGACACUCGUAAAGUGGACGCGAACCACGUGGACUCUGAACUGCUCAAGCGUACAACAUCACCAACUCCCGACGAAGUGACCGGUAAAAGCCCUGGAGACCAAAUGCUUUGUAUCAAAACGGAUUUAUGGAUGUACAAUACGGAGACCAAAAUUUUAGGAUGA